GCUCUCCGACCUGCGCAACUCGCGGAAGCCAGACGCCUCCCGGCAGCUGAGAGUGGGCCAUCGACACACGUCGCUACCACCAACUGUGUGCAGGGCCGCCUCACCAGGCUACAAGUCAGUACUACACGCUACUGGAGGACUGCUGCCCAGACGAGGACAUGGCUGUGGAGAAGCGCGGCCUGGAACUGGAGCUGGAACUCAAGGAGCGGCCGCCUCCGGCCACCCCUGCCGCCAUAGUGCCAGCUGACCAGCACGUGGCCUCCACGCUGCAGUUGGCACAGAGCGCUGAGCUGCAAUCGCGAGAGAAACUAGAAGAGUACGACCCUUUCGACAAGAGGGAGAACAAGAGCGUCAGCGACGGCGGCGCGUUGAUGCACCUGCUGAAGGGCAGCCUGGGCACGGGCAUUCUGGCGAUGCCGAUGGCCUUCCGCAACUCGGGACUCGCCUUCGGCGCCGUCGCCACGCUGGUUAUCGGUUUCGUCUGCACCCACUGCGUCGGCAUGCUGGUGUCGGUGUCUCAGUCGCUGUGUCGGCGUACCCGCACGCCUUCGCUGGACUACGCGCAGACUGCGGAGGUCGCCUUCCUCACGGGGCCCCCGGCUACCAGGGGCUGGGCCACCACUGCCAGGAGGAUCACGAACGGCACCCUGCUGGCUACCUACUACAGCACGAGCGUCGUCUACGUUGUCUUCAUCGCCACCUCUGUCAAGCAGGUGGGGGACCACCUGUGGCAGGAGAAGGAUGUGCGGCUCUACAUGGCAAUGGCAAUGCCGCUGUUGAUGGCCAUCAGCCUGGUGCGGCAGCUGCGCUGGCUGGUGCCCUUCUCAUUGAUGGCCAACGGGUUCAUCGCGGUGAGCUUCGGCAUCACUUUGGCUUACAUCUUCACGGACCUACCACCGACUGACCACGACCGCUCCAUGCUGGCCUCUCCUGCUCAGAUCCCGCUCUUCUUCAGCACAGUUAUCUUUGCUAUGGAAGGCAUUGGUGUGGUCCUGCCCGUGGAGAACAGCAUGAAGACGCCGCAGCACUUCCUGGGCUGCCCCGGCGUGCUCAACAUCGCCAUGGUGAUCGUCAUCUCGCUGUACGCCUUCAUCGGCUUCUUCGGCUACGUCAAGUACGGCGAGGCCACCAUGGGCAGCGUCACGCUCAACCUGCCCGUCGAGGACAUCCUGGCGCAGGUGGUGAAGCUGCUGAUCGCGGCGGCCAUCUUGUUCACGUACGGCCUGCAGCAGUACGUGCCCACGCAGAUCGUCUUCUCGCCAGAACUGCGCUCCAGGCUGGGCAGUCGUUGGGAGACCACAGCCGAGAUCGCCUACCGGCUGCUGAUCGCCGUCCUCUCAGUGGCGGUGGCGGCGGCGCUGCCCAACCUGGGCCCCGUCAUCUCGCUGGUGGGCGCCGUCUGCUACUCGACGCUCGGUCUGCUGUGGCCCGCCGUCAUCGAGACGGUGGCGCUGUGGGAGCGAGGCGUCGGUCCGGCCUCGUGGCACCUCUUCAAGAACGCACUCAUCGCCGUCUUCGCGGUCACCGCCCUUGUCUCCGGUUCCUACGCCAGCAUCCUCGAGAUCGCAGAGGCCUACGGCUGAUGACGUCACCGGCAGCUCGCGACUACCGCGGCCGUGUGUCCGAAUACGCCUUCCACAUCGCUGCCGGUCACACAGCAGACACACAGUGUUAUUUAUGUUCUCUCAUCUCCUAUAUAUGCCAUGACUGUGCGACCUCUCCCCUGAGGACGCAAACAAGCAGAUGCUGGUUGGAAACUGAUUUUAGAAAACCGACCAUUAAACUGCUCCUGGAAAGUAUUUCUUUACUCAAGCUCUGCUAGUGAUCCUAACAUACCAGUGACAAAACGUCUUGCCAAAACCCAAGAAUCUCCGGCCAAGGCAUGAAAGCAAUCACCCGGUGAUAGGCGAGCGUUAUCGCGCUGUUCCUAUAUACCCCAUAUCCAUUCUCAGACUCAUUGUUAUUUAUGUUUUUCCAUAACAUGUUUGUUUGCACGGCUAUCUUCGUAGCAUCUGUUAAAAUCAAUUAUUAUUGCUUUGUCCAUCUGAAGAUCGCUGCAAAUAAUUGAAGAGUGUUUUGUACCACAUGCAUUUCGCUUUUCUUUAUAAAGCAUAUUCUGUGGUCAUUCUGCAAAUAUUGAUACAUAUUUGUAUAUUUUUGGACUCUCUUAGAUCAAAAACAGUACUUUGUUUACAAAGUUGGAGUGCAGGGAAGAACAGUGGUUUGGAAAAUGUGUGGAACAGGUGCAGGAACAUCGUAAAUUUGAAAAAAAGUACUCUUUUUAAUCUAAAGCAACCAAAGAUAUACAAACAUCUAUCCAUGUUUGCAGAAUGACCACAGCAGAUGCUUUGUAAACAAAAGCAAAACGUGUCUGGUGCAAAAUCCUCCUUAAUCAACUACAGUAAGCUUAAGAUGGAGAAAUCACUAUCAGUUGAUAUUCUUCCAGAUUUAUCUCCACCACAACUACGUGAAAUGCCUGUAGCAACAGCAAAAAAUAAUUUCUCCGUUUCUUGGUGGAUACUGUUUUUAGGAAUUAUUUCCGUGAGCUUCACAUGAGGUGAAGCUUCAGAGGAUAAAUCAAUGACAAUUGUUAUUCUUCCAUAUUUAUCUCUACCACAACUACGUGAAAUGCCUGUAGCAACAGCAAAAAUUUUUUCCGUUUCUUGGUGGAAACUGAUUUUAGGAAUUAUUUCUGUGAGCUUUACAUGAGAUGUCUGGUAGAUCCUUCCUGCAAGAUGUUCUCCUACGUUAUCGUUUGGUCAUAAACUGUAUUUACCAAUGACCAGUUUUCUUUUCCUUGCGCAAUGUAGCUCAUUGAAAAAUACCGUUGCUGCUUCUGGAUCCUUAGACAAAAUAACAGUUUAAAAUUAGAUCAUUAUUCCACACAGGCUGUUAAAAAUUAUCAAUUGUUCCUAACUAUGAUUGACAGUAUCAGCAUUUAUGCCAUUGUCAGACACCAUGAGAACAUACCAGGGACGUAAAAGCAAUAGAAAAAUAUUACACGAGUGUGAAGAUCAAUAUAUAUAGAUCAUACCUGCAAGAUGCAACAAUCCUAGUGUUUUUAUACCUUUAUCACUGUUGUCAAACUUAUUUCAAAAAAAUUUGUCAUUUAAUUACUUGGAAUGUUAUCUGUACGUGCUCUGAGAGUUCAGUCCCCAAUUCACUGAAAAUGGUCAACCUAAGUAACACUUUGAGUCGUCGGAAGAGAUGGUAGACUUGCAUAGCGAAAUGAGAAGUAACACGGGGUUCAUCAAACGACUCCCAUGGCAAUUUUUUAGCUAUUUCUGUUGUGUGUGCGUCUUUGAGCUGUUUCGGUGCCCUUAAUACUGCAGUUUACUACAGCUAAGAGUUUUAUUCGUAAUUCUCAACAACGUUUCCCAACAUACUUCUCGGACAUCAGAGGAACAUAGUUUAUCAGGAAUAGGAAUUUCUUCUCUCAGCAGAGCAUUGUUAUAAUUUUCCGUCCACAUUACAGAUAAACUGUUUCUCUGUUCAUUAUUAGUAUUUCAGCGGGCUUGCUUGAAGUCACAACACCAUACCACCACUUUUCCUUCACUCGUGACAAUACCUCCAGAUGUUUCACGCAGCUGACAUUUGAUUUUGGUAGGAUUAUGUUCCUAAAGAAAUGUAAUUGCUCGCCAAUUUCACCAUUUACUGCAUGAAAAUUAUUAGUACGGCACUGUGUUACGCUGAUUACAAAGACAGAUAACUAUAACCUGUAGGCAAGUGAUGGAGUAACGCUUCCAACAGGCUAUUUAAUAUUAUUAUGGGUGCGGAAACCAAUCAUUACUGCAAUCAGUUUUUUUUAUAUGCAAAUGUACCUCCGUUUUGAACGAAGUCCCUUACUGAAGUUAACAUAACACCUUCUCCGAAAUAUUUUCAAUGAAUGAGCUUGUCACUUAACCUUUACCAUAAUAUAUUUUAUAAUACAGUAUUAGACGUGAUGAAGUUACCACAAACAUUUAGUGUUACACUGAUUAAUAACUGCUUCGCUAACCCUUCUGCGCUAAAGAAAAGCUACUUCACUUUCUUCAUCAAGUUAGAUUUCCUGUUUUAAAGUGCAUGAAAUCUUUUCAGGAUCAGUUUUAUUUUGCCAUGUAGUAAAUAAAUUUCUUGUACACUACAAAUAAUUACGCAUAUUUGUACUUAACGCAAAAGCAUUGCUUAUAAAUGCUUCUGACAAAGAAAAUACAUAUAGAGCCACAAUAUACAUGCUACGACAAGAACAAGUGUUCCACGUUAAACAUGUAGUACUUUGGUCGAUGUAUUGUCAGGCUGUGUACCUCAGCAGGCCAUGAAAAAAAUGUUAAUCCUUCCGAGGAGAUGAAUAUAUAUGACAUAUUAUAAAUUGAUUGACUGUGGAUUAUUACGACUAUUGCCAUGGUCUUUAGACUAAUGGUAGCGGCUGUGUCUACAUAUUCACUGAUCUCAACGUGUUCGAGUGUUUCGUCACUGCUGAACCAUGAAGAGUGCUGAGUUAUCUGGAAUCAUGCCCUGGAGAUAACCUGUAUUCAGUUCAGUUGCUGGGUGAACCCUGCAUACUGGACAUUUAUUAACUGAGGCAGCGUUUCACUGCUUUUUUUUAUCGUAUGAGCUGUGAAUAUCGUGUGAUACUUUUCCAGUACAAAGGUUUCUAAACGGCUGCAUACAAGGAGGCAGACGUCCAAUGAUGUACUAGCUUGCAGUUCAGUUUACUGUGAUAAAAUUCUGUAGGCUACGAGAACUUCUGUUCCUUGUCGAGUGAGUAACGCAUGUACAUACGAACAAGUGCUGUAUGCUAGUGUACGAGCUCGUAGAACGAGAGACAGUGAAACUCGGACACUGAGAUGAAAACUAUGAAGUGGAUAUUUAUUGCAAGUAAUUGUGUACCUGAAAAUGGCAGCUGUUCAUAAUAAAUGCAAGAAUCUAUUUCCACUGCAUCAUGUAACCAUCAGCUCAAGGUAACAGUCAUUUCCAGUGAAAUUAAUGUUGCUAAAAACAUAUUUUCAUGUAAAUUAUUUACCACAUGGGAAUAAAUUUUCGCUUCAAAGUGAUAGCUUUAUCGAGUGUUGCAUAGAAAAGAGACUGUAACAUCGAUCUGUUCUGACUUGUUGAAUUGGCACUAUGUUGUUAUCCAUAAAUAUUUUUGUGAGUAUAAUAUAUUUCUGUUAGAAAAUAAAAUAAAUGUAUUAAGUGUUAGUUCGCCUCACGUUUUACUA